AUGGCGAACACUUCUAAAUUAACUACAGAUGUGACAUUGGUACCCGAAAAAAGUGGACUAGAUGAAACUAUGAGAGAUUCUUUGAUACGGCAUAAGAUUUUGAAAUCUCACGAAAUAGAUUCCAUAUUCCGAACUUGUAAGAACCAUCUUUCUCGGGAAAUGGAAAAAAGAAUAUCACCAGCAAUAUGA